UUGCCUUGUACGAGAACAGCAGCAGAAGAAAAAGAAAGAGUGAAUGAGUUGAGCACCUGAUAAGAGUUGAGUCAACGCAAAGUCACACCCCGGCGCAACAACCUCAUCAUCGCACAGAAACUCUUGCGUUUCGUCAAGCUAGAUUCGUCUGUCGCUUUCACAAACCGCUACAAACUUCGUUUUCACUCUCUAACUGUCGCCAUGGCUGAGCAUCGUCGCAGCUCUGAUGCUGUCACAGCGGGAGCACCAGAGCAUCCUCACCGGAGAAGAAAGGAUUUAGAAGGUGAUGGUGGAAGCCGUGUAGAUGAAGAAGGGAAGGAAGAAAUGGAAGAGGUUGAUGAACGAGUUGGUGAAUCGCUGGCUGUCACUGAGUUGCAAGGCGGCGAGUUAAGGAGUUCUGAUGAACUUCCGGUGGAGUCCAAUUUAGUAACCCUAGCUGCUGUACCAUCUUCCGCCGUGCAGCAUCAGAGUCAUCAGAGUGCUGAUUUGCAGGGGAGCUCUGCUACAUUGAACUCGAGUGGCAAUGUCGAAAGUAAGGAGACAGCUGGACCUCCUGAGAAGGAAAUUAUUGCAAGAGAAGCAGUCCAGGCACCUCCAUCCCAGACAGAAUAUCAGCUUCAGGUGUCUGUGUGCUCAACGCCAUUGUCUGAACUGUCAACAAAUUCUGUUACUCAAUCUUCCCGUAAACAAAAAAUGACUCCCAGGAGGAUGAAUAAUAAUACACAUGAGGCACAAGUAGACAAGAAAAUUCCUUCUGGUGGUAAAAGCUUAUCUGCUGUUUCUGUUGCAAGGACAUCAGCAUCUGAUGGAUACAACUGGCGGAAGUAUGGUCAAAAGCAAGUAAAGAGUCCUACAGGUUCUCGAAGCUAUUACAGGUGUUCUCAUUCAGACUGUUCUGUUAAAAAGAUUGAACGCUGUGAUCAUUCAGGUCAUGUGAUAGAAAUUGUUUAUAAAAGUGAACACAGUCACGAUCCCCCACGGAAAACUAAUUCCAGUAGGGAAAGCAAGUUUGUGUCUUCAAAUGAACCUACUGUAGAGAAUAGUGUUCCAAAGAAGCCUAUCAGAGUUCUGAAGGAUUCUGAUCUGUCCAUUUCUUCGAAAGAUAUACAAGCACCUUGGAGUGGUGAUAAGAAACGACAAACCUUGUCAAAUAUCAGUGAUAAUGGACAAAUUAUUUUGAAGGAGGAACAUGUAAAUGAGCCAGAGCAAAAACGAAGAAUGAAGAAAAGUGACUUAACAAACUUGGAUUCUCCUGUAAAACCUGAAAAGAAAGCCAAGUUUGUUGUACAUGCAGCAGGGGACGUGGGGAUAUCAGGUGAUGGAUACCGAUGGCGCAAGUAUGGACAGAAAAUGGUGAAGGGGAAUCCAAAUCCCAGAAACUACUACAGAUGCACUUCUGCUGGAUGUCCUGUCCGAAAGCACAUUGAGACUGCUGUAGAUAACUCAGAUGCUGUCAUCAUAACAUACAAGGGUGUGCAUGACCAUGAAAUGCCUGUGCCCAAGAAACGACAUGGUCCCCUAAGAGCUCCUUUUGUGGCUGAUGCUGCACCUGCCGCCAUGAAUAAUUUGCCGUCAAAGAAUCCCGACUCGCUGCAAAACCAGAAAGCUUCUACUCAAUGGUCAGUGGACACAGAAGGUGAACUAACAGGGGAAGCCAUGGAACUUGGGGGUGAGAAAGCAAUGGAGUCAGCUCGAACGCUUCUGAGCAUAGGCUUUGAAAUUAAGCCUUGCUGAAUUCAGCAUUCAGAAAUCAUGCAGUUGUAAUUACAUAUCAAUUGGCAGGUCUCUUGUAAUUUCACUGCUUCCCAUGUUGAUCCUUGUUUCACUUUUGACAUUUUUUAUAGUGGAAAAAUUGGUGAGUAUUUGCUUAUUUACCGGUUUAACUUGUCCGAAACAGUUUGCUAGCA